CAGAAGAUUUCGCCAUGGGGCCUCCGGAAACGGAACCUGAGAAGGAUGACCAGAAACCUUUGCAGACCAUGGAGGCUUCACAGAUCUUGGAGCCUAUACAAACCUUGGAGCCGUUGAUCACCUUAGAACCUUUGAAGAACUUGGGACCUCCACAGACCUUGGAGCCUCUGCAGGCCUUGGAACCUUUGAAGAAUUUAGAGCCUUUGCAGGCCCAGGAGCCUUUACAAACCCUGGAGCCGUUGCAGCUUUUGCAGCCUUUUGAUGAUCAGAAAAUAUCAAAAGAAGUCAUCGAGCUGACGGAAGCAUCAGCAGCCUUCGGCAUCCAAGACCUGGCCGGCGUGGAGAAGCUGAUGAUCACCAAGAAGGUGGCCAUGAAGCAACUCCUCAGCCUGCAGAGCCAGCGGAGCCGGUACAUCAUCAAGGCUGCUGACAGCGCGCUGACUUACUCCGUGCUUGAAGAGAACACCCUUAACAAUUGUUUUAUCAGUUGGUGGCUCGGGUUCCUCUGCUACGGCCUUCGCCCCUGCCAGCUCAAGAUCCUGAACAAGGCUGGAGAAGAAGUCAUCAGAAUCCUGAGACCCUUCGCCUUCACCACCAGAGUCACGCCGUGCCAGCUGCAGCGGAUGCAGGUAUACUCUCCCCCGGACAAACUGAUCGGCACCAUCGAGCAGAUUUGGACCCCCGUGAAGCCGUGCUACUUCAUCAAGGGUCCGGAUGGAGAGAACCUCUUCUCCGUGCAAGGGCCGUCUAACACACUGGGCAUCUACCGCGACCUUCACUUCGAUAUCGUAGGGCCCGCGGGCGUACGGGUUGGCAGCACCUGGAAACGCUGGAGGGGGCUCGCGCAUGCGCUGUUCCGCUCGCCAACUUUAGACAAAUUCGGGCUGGCGUUCCAAAAAGAUCUCUCAGUGGAAGAGAAAGCCCUGCUCCUGGCCAGCUCCUUGCUGAUCGACUAUAUGUACUACGACACGUAAACCCGCUGUAGACCUACCCACAAUAUCGCAUAAGAUCGUUCCAUUACAUCGUUUUUUGUCACGUUCUUAGGGGCACACACAGGCGAGGACCUGGGGCGCGUCUUACGUCCUUCCUAUACAAAAUGUACUGAGGAGACGUUUUUUAAAUUACACCGCUGACGUCCGUUCCGCUUCUUAAGACAUGCGUCGCCUGAGUGUGGGUUGCCGCUUAAAUUCGUCCCAUUUUGCUUCCGGGCGGCGUGGCGCUUACGUCCGCUCCGCAUCUUAAGACAUGCGUCGCCUGAGUGUAGGUUGCCACUUAAAUUCGUCCCAUUUUGCUUUCAUUUCCUACCCAUUUUCUAUACUUUACUUUCGUCAGGAGUAUUAUUUGUCCUUGCGCAAGGUAAUGAUGAAUUGAUGACGAAUACCGAAUGUGCCAUACAAGGGCGGAUCCAG